AUGUCUUCUCUUUUACUUAGUCAUGAAGAACGUUGUGAAGGUCCAUGGGUUAAAUUACAGUCGGAACCUUCUCUUUUUACAGCUUUGAUGUAUGAUUUGGGUGUUAAAGGUGCUAAAGCAACUGAAGUAUUUGUUCUUGACCAACAAGAUAAUUUUGAUGACCUCGGAGAAAUCUACGGUUUGGUUUUUCUUUUUAAGAUGAUAGGCGAUGUAACAGGAGAUGUAAAAGGUUUACAUAAAGGUACCGAUUAUGAACCUCUUGAAGAAUAUCCCAAGAACGUCUAUUUUGCCAAUCAGGUGGUAGAAAAUGCUUGCGCUACUCUUGCUGUGUUGAAUAUCGUCCUGAAUUGUCCACAAUUAGAAACUGAUCAAGAAUUAAAAGAAUUUAAAGAAUUUACUUGGGAUCUUCCACCAGCUAGUAGAGGUUUUGCUAUAACCAAUCAUCCGUCUUUACGCCAAAUUCAUAAUUCAAUGGCCAGACAUCCGGAAGAUUCAUUAAUAGUUGAAGAACCGAGCAAGAAUGGAGGUUCUGAAGAUGAAGGUGGUGAAGUUUAUCAUUAUAUCGCUUAUGUUCCUAUUGAUGGUGAAGUUUGGCAAUUGGAUGGAUUAUAUCCGCAUCCAGUUAGCUUAGGCAAAUAUUCUAAUGAAAAACAAUGGUAUGAUGCUGCUCGUGGUGUUAUCCAUGAGCGCAUUGACGGAUUUCAUGCAGAACAAGUAGAAUACGUUCUUCUAGCUAUAACUAAAGACCAAAUAGGCAUUCAUCAAGAUAGAGUUAAAGAUUCACUUGGAGAGAGAUCAAUACCGAAGAUGCAAGUCGAUUUUCCUUUUACUGAUGAUGACGAAGAAAAGGUUAAAAAGCGUGGGAAUUAUGUGAUCGAUCUUUCAACUUUGACUGCGUAUCAUGAUGAUAUCGAAAUGAUUGAACAAUUAAGAGCCAAGAUGAUAGAUGAAAUUAAAUUUUUGAUGGAAGCUAUUGAUAGAGAAAAUAAGCUGAAAACGGUUGAAAGAGAAAGGCGAACAUUUGAUUAUGGCCCAUUUAUACGGGAAUUUAUUUCAAUUCUUCAUGAACGAGGAGAAUUGAAAGGCUUGAUUGCGGCUGCAGAAGACAUGAUAGAGGAUGAAUAG